ACAAAAAUUACGAAAUCUGUCAAAAAACGCAAAAAACUUAAAAGACUGAAGCUCGAAACUCGAAAGAAAAUACUCCUGAAUUAAUAAAUUUUAAUUCACGACAAAUUCUAAAGUAUUUUCCAAAAAUUAAUAAAAAGAAUUUUUCAUUAUUUUCUCCAGAUUAUUUUUGUAUUUAUUUUUACUUCACAAUGUCAGAUCGUCUGACACAAUUACAAGAUAUGAUAAAUCAGCAAGCUGAGCAUUUUUGUAAUAGUAUUGGAAUUUUACAACAAUAUUCCAGUCCAAGUAAAUUUCCCGGUUUUGAUCGUGUUGGGACUCCGCAACCAAAUCAACCGCAAGAAGAUUACGCGGCAUUAUUUGCGACAUUAAUUGCAAAAUGCGCAAAAGACAUUGACACAUUAAUUGACAGUCUACCAAGUGAGGAAUCAUCUCAGGAAUUACAAGUGGCGAGUCUCAGUCGUCUAGAGAAGGAAAAUCAAGAGGCAGGCGAGAAACUCGAGGAAGUUGUUCGCGAGGGCGAAAUUCUUUUGUCCCGUAUUCAAGCCGCUCUCCAGGACAUUGCACAAAGUCAACUCGACAUGCAAAAUCCAUUGACAACCGCUGUGAUAAAUACAAAUCUCAAUAUUGAAACAACACCAUCAAUAAAGCAAGAAAAUCUCGGCACAAACAGUGCGCCAUCGAGUAACAGUCAUCAAAUACCAGAUCCAUCGCCAAGUUCCAUAAGUCAAUAAAAGAAAACAAAAAAUUUUUUUCCAAACAAAAAAAUUUACCAUAAAAAAUUAUUUACUCAUCGAAAAAAAAAUCACUCAUUAUAAUUAAGUGUAAAUAUUUCAUUUUUAUCAAAAUAAAUUA